GCUGGUGCGGGCGGCGGCAACAUCGACACAGUCGGUCUCUCCUCUGCCAGGGGUUCCAAUCGUGGCAGCUCAGAGUCACUUCACGAAGCACAGCAGAAACGACUGCAGAGUCUUAAUGAUCCCACAAUGACGGCGAUGACUCCACUCAGUACUGGUACGACUGGGCUCUCACAGCAACAGCAUGUUGCAUUAGGUCCCUCUCGACAACCACCCGUCGUAACUACCACCACACCCUACACUGUUUCACUGUCACCCGGUUCCAAUAGUGGCCAGCCCUACAAAGGUCCACCCUCUCAACAGGCCUAUCCUCCAGGCGAUUUACCUCCAGAUACUCGAAGACCUACCGAUGAUACUGGUCGAACAAAAAGACUCAUGUCGGCUGCUGUCCUCUUUGAACGAAGGAGCUUCGUGUGGCAGAAGUAUUUGUCGUCUCCGAAGAUUUUCGCUUCUCUCCGAUGCACCUGA